UUUACUCUAAACGAAACAAAAGUUGAAUGUUUAUGCUGUUUAUCUCUAAGUCUAGAGUAAGAGAGAUCAUGUCCUUCUAUUUCUAUGACUAUGGAUAUGGUGUAUUAAAUAUAGAUCUAGUCUAGUUCUAGAGACACUACUAGAGUCUAUCUUAUGUGUAUGCUUGCAUUUAGAAAGAUCUAGAUCUAUAUGUAGAAACUGAAGACCAGUGAAGACAGUGAGUGAGUGAAGAGUAGGCAGUAGUGUAAAAGUGUACUGAGUAACUCAAGUCCAAGUAACUGACUCAGUCACAGUCACAAUUGAAUAGUUGUGUCGUAGUGACAAUAAUCACAGUGACAGUAUAAUAAAUAAGUUAUAUAGAAGUAUAAGUGUAGUGAAGUAGAUCUAGAAUCUAGUAACUAUUCUCAAUAGUGACAAUACGUCAAUAGUUAUAGAUCUACUACUCUACUGACACUAGUGAAGACAUCAACUUUAAAUUUAAAGAAUGCACAAAAUGUCGGAAACAUCUGAGGAUGUCUUGCAGCAAGUACAACUGGACAACAAACAUUUUAAAGCUCUUCUGGACUUGAUUCCUCCUCAUGCAUAUUUCAAACAGGAAGAAAAGCAAGAGUUAUUUGGGCUCAAUCCAGACGAGGAUGAGAAUGAGCCAAAGAGAAAGAAAAAGAAGAAGAAGAAAAAGAAAACUAAGAAAAUUCCCUUGUCGUCCAUGUCAGUGACACAGAUAACAGAACUCAGACUCAAGGGGGAAACACUUGGAGAAAAGAAAAAAAAAGUUGAGCAAAAUGGCAAGAAAGCAAAACAUUCAGAGAAUGGAGUUGAAGAUCCGACAGAUAAAAACUCAAUGGCUGACAAACAACAAGGCAAGAAAGUCAGCAGAUCUUCCAGUGCUAAGAAAAAGAAAAAAGAAUUUCAGCGUCGAGAGUCAAGGUUAGAAGAAUUGAAGGAAAGGUUGCGGAUCAAGUUGGAAGAAAUAAAAGCUCGCAAAAGUUCAGGUUCUGUCGUCAACAGCCAGGAAGUGAAAAGGUUGAAGCGUCAAGAGAAGAAAGUGAAAAGUAAAUUAAAGAGUAAAGAUAAAACAAGUCACAAGUCUCAGAACGUCACCGCGGGGGCCGAUGGACUGAAAUCCCCACCGAGAAACACGAUCCUCAACCAGAAUGGGGAGCCCGUCAAAUCUAAAUUUGACUUUUCUAUAAUAUCGUUUGGCAAUGACAAACAUAAAUCGUCAGAACUUCGUGGCAGAGACUACAAGAGACUCUUGGAGAAAGUGGAGAAGCAGAGAGAGAAAGUGGAGCUGUUGAAAGAGAAGGACCCGGAGGCGGGGAAAAAACUGGAGAAAAAUAUUCAGUGGCAGAAUGUGUUCAAUAAGGCCAAGGGUGAGAAGGUCAAGGACGACCCCAACUUGUUGAAGAAGGCGGUGAAAAGGAAAGAGAAGAUAAAGGAGAAGAAGCAGAAGAAGUGGGGAGAGAGGAUCAAGGACGUCAAGGAGAUGAAACAGAAACGGCAGGACAAGCGCCAGGCAAACAUUGACAAACGCAAGGACGCCAAGAAAGACAAGAAGAGGAAAGUGAUGAUAAAGAAAGGCAGAAUUAUUCCUGGGUUUUAAUUGAAUGGGGGGGGGGAAUGGUGUCUGUGGGAAGGUUGAAUUAUCAGGGGGGCAGCAUGUGAGAGAAAUGAGUGUGUGAGAAUGCCGAAGUAUCAAUGUAGAGUGAUGUGAAGUUUGUUGAUUUCUAUAAAUUUGGAAUGAGUUGAAAUCAUAGUUGUAUAAUAAAUUGUGGCUUAAGGUUGAUGAGUGGAUGUAAAUCUUUGACAUGUUAUGGGCUAGCGUGUCUUCUGUCAGUGACUGUGUUAAACCAGAAACUAGUUCACACAUUGGUCAUUGUCAAUACCAGUUUUUCACAUAAACUCUCCUCCAUCUCUAUUAACAGAUAGUAAACUAGUCUACCUACAAACUUUCUUCUCAUGUCUUUUUUUUUUUUUUUUUUUUUUUUUGUUGUUUUAAGGUCCUUAUGGCCUACAGCAUUUGAUUCAAUGUUGUGACUGAGGGUAAGAAUUGAUGCUGCAAAUUGAAAACGCACUGCCUUGAGAGCAGUGUCAUGGAUUGGGACAGAAUUGUUAGAAGUAAAUGUUGCUCACUUAAAGUGUUGGGUAUUUUGUUGGCCAUAGAGCUUGAUAGUAAAAGAUUUGAAAAGGAAAUUGACCCACAAGUUAUAUGUUACGUGGAAACUUGUUACGUACACUCCACAGUUAUGAUCCAUACUAUUAGAAGUUUUAAAUAGAAAGUAGUAGCAUUGGUAUAGCUUGAUGCGUUCAAGAAUAUUUUAAUUAAUAAUUGUAUUUCUUAUAUUUUUUUUAUUGUGGACCCCCCCCCCCCCCUUUUUUUUUUUUCCCACAGCAAAGAAAUAGUUUGUAUUUUUAUUUUUGCAAUGACAUGAGGUCAUGUCCUGUUGCUGCUACAAAAUUUUAGUAGAAAAGAAAUUAUUUUAUUAUUGUCAGCAAAUUUCUUUAAUGCCUUUUAUUUUGCUAUAGUCUCCCUUGUAUAGAUGUGUUUGGUAGUGAAUACGAUUGUAGAGCUCAUUUAUAUGCAAUGUAUUUUUUUGAACUAUUUUUAAAAACACAAGAAAUGUUAAGAGAGCAAAUGUCCAUCAAAUGUCAUGUGAUAUAAUGAAGUAAACAAAUGACAAAAUGUUA